CAUUUUGUCAUUGGCAACAACAGCAGGAAACGUCAUUAAUAAUAUAUAUGGCGUCGUUGCUUUGUGUACUGCUUGCUGUCAAAUUUCAGUGCAAUAAAUACAUAGGCUGCAAUUAAUUUCGUAAUAAUAGUAAAAUAUAUGUGAUUGUUACGGUGAAAGUGCAAUAUUAGAGCGAAGCGUCGAUAAUGUAACGUAUAUUCAUACAAGAAAGGCGGUUUUAUUGAAAAACUUUCAAGGAGACCAAUGAAUAACAAUGAUAUCCAACCGAGAAGAGGGCCCAGUGUACUACAGGGAGAUACAGAAGAACGCGUAUCUCAAGCGCAUUCCUAGUGAGCCCAGCGGCAAGCUCAGGCCACUGGGACAUAAGAAACCGCCUCUCAAAGCGAUGUGGACGCUCUUCUGCGUCCACAACGGCCGGACGCCGUUCCUCGAACAGUACCCCAGCCCCGAGUCCCCGGCCACGCUGACCCACAAGCCCGCUUGGCGCGCCUGCCUGAAGACAGCUAGACAUGUAACUGCUAGUGUCAAGCCACAUAUGGGUGACGAGUAUGACUUUUUGGUGGAUACGGAUCAGGGGCCGGUGCGAAUGCUUGCACCUGACUGGGAAUCCAUGCAAGACUGGGUGACGCUCCUCCGCAACAAACUCCACGAACUGAAGAUCCUCUCGAAGGGAGAGAAUGUGUACACCGCGCCCGCCGCGCCGCCCGCCCCGCCCGCGCCGCCCGCCCCGCCCGCGCCCCGCGCCGGCACACGGGACCCCACGUCGCCCCUGCCCCCCACUCCGCCCGUGCCACCGGACAGAGUACCAGGCAUAGAGCUAACCAUCCCCUCCAGAGCCCUUGAACCCGAACACCAUGAGCAGCCCGAAGAACCAGCACCAACCAUAGAGCCGACCAUAGAGCCCAUAGACAUAUCCAACUGGGAUGAGCCGGAGCCCUUCACAUCUCUACCGAGCACUAGUCAAGAUAUACCAAAGACAACCAAGAUAUGUGGACAGAAUAUUUGCUUGGACGAUUCGGUGCUGAGGAGGAACAAUACAGACAGUGAUGAAGAAUUCUUCGCGGAAAUCGACCGGAUAAGUGAGGAGGUGGAGAAUACUGGAGAAGAAGUUAAGGAAUAUAAGCAGACUGUGGUUGUUGAGGCUACUGCUGAAGAAACUCCGAGCGACUACCAAGGCACAAACAUAACCGUGAUACAAGUAUCGAACAAGGAGCCCCCGCACACCGCCAUACCUGUCCUGGGCCCCGAAACAAACGUCUUCAACUUCGACCUGCAACAGCUCUCCCUCGAGCCCAAACAAAACUACAUCAACAUCGUCAACACAGAAACUGAACAGAAUGGCUACGGAACGGUCUACAAAGAAUCCGACUACGGACAUAUUAGUUUAACAACCACCGUCAACUUAAACGGAGACAAGAGCAUAUAUGAGCGGUUAUGUCAAGCAUCAACAUCUACGGACCGUUCACCUUUACCUGUCAGGAGGAUAAAAGCUUUAGAGAAAGUUAGAAAAUCAUCGCUACCCAACAUGGAGACGUAUGAAUAUCUGUAUCCAAGCAAUAGUGCGAAUCAAGUGCAAGUGGAAGUGAACAGUGAGAAUUGUGUGAAUGGUGACUCGGUGACUGUGAGUGUGGACUCUAGUGUUCGGGUGGUGAGGCCUCCGAGGCCAGUGGAGAGGUCGCAUAGCAACGCUUGUGAGAGAACUCAGAGCCCUAAGAGAGAAAGAAAUGAUAAAAACCAAGACGGCAGCCAAGGCAAGCCGAUAUGGAAGCGCGGGCUCACAGAGUUGUCCCUGCUGAGUCGGUUACGGGGGCUCGGGCAGGGCCGGCGGCAGGACAGCCCGACGCGGCACGACGACGACAGGAGCGCCACAGUUGCGGUGAAAGUGGUGCGGCGCUCGCGGCCCGAGGGCCGGCUCGACGGCUCCCGGCGCAGGAGCAGCUCACUUAGCAAUGAUCACUCCCCCCCAUCCCGCCUGCCACCCGGCCUCCGACCGUUAAGGCAGAGACAAGCCGCCGCGCUGCGCGCCGAGCAACGCCGCGGGGCGGCCGUAGCGAGCAGCAUACCUACAGCCCACCCGCCUACGUUUGUGGACUAUAACAGGAUGGUUUGGGUAGCGAAAUGGGGCGGUGCAGGCGCCUGGUGCGGGGGCCGCGCGGGGGACCGGGUGGCGGCGCUGCGCGGCACCCCGCCGCGCGACGCGCAGCACGCCAGGACGCUGUUCAAGGAGGCUCGGACCAGGACGGUGGAUAUUUUGUUUCAUCGCGUCCCGCUUGGCAAGAUAUACGUGUUAAAUAAACGGGACCACGAGAAAUUAGGUAUAAAGCUAGACAGCGAAUGCAACAUUACCAGCGUCGAACCGCACUCCGUGUGCGCGCGCGCAGCUCUACCGCCACCAGGCCGCUGGGCCCUCACAGAGGUCAACAACCAACCGCUAAGCCUGCUCAAGGGAUGCGAAGAAGAGAUGAACCGCAUAGCAGCCCACGGAACUGAAGUGUCAGUUCUCAUACAACCUUCGGCCCUCGUGAAGAAAAUACGCGCCGCGCUCAAGCCGAACAAGACUCUACUCGGCUUGAGAUGAGGCUCAUAAUCGUAUGGCACUACAAUCAAACAAACUGAUUUGUGACCCACUGUAGAACUUUUAGAACGUGGGUUUAACCGCUUAAACUUGGAGUUACCAUGGUUAUGGUGGAUUUGACACUUGGUAAACGGUUUAACCGAUUAAUUCCGGGUUAGUGGGAUGGUUAACCGGGUAAACCUGGAGUUACCAUGGUUACCAGUACGAUUUGACACUGGGUUAACGGUUUAACCAGUUAAUUCCAGGUUAGUGGGACGGUUAACCGGUUAAACUUGGAGUUAACAUGGUUACCUCUACAAUUUGACACUGGGUUAACGGUUUAACCGGUUAAUUCCUUGUUAGUGGGAUGGUUAACCGGUUAAGCCUGGAGUUAAUAUGGUUGGGUGUACGAUUUGACACUGGGAUAACGGUUUAUCCGGUUAAUUCCGGGUUAGUGGGAUGGUGCAAGUGGCGCUUAGUGUCAUAAUAAUUGGGUUCCGUACCCAAAGGGUAGAAACGGGACCCUAUUAAGACUGUCCGUCUGUCACCAGGCUGUCUCAUGAACCGUGAUAGUUAGACAGUUGAAAUUUUCACAGAUGAUGCAUUUCUGUUGCCGCUAUAACAACAAAUACUAAAAAUAGAAUAAAAUAUAUUUUUUAAGUGGUGCUCCCAUACAACAAACUUGAUUUUUUUUUUCUGUUUUUUGCGUCAUGGUAUGGAGCCCUUCGUUUUUUAAAUCAAUAUAAUACUAAUGACGUAGUCAAUGUCAAAAGGUUUCACAGUAGGGUCAGGAAUCAAGUUGUUCGAUAGUCAAGGUAUUAAAUACCGAUACGGACAAAAUGCCAAAAAUAUCUAUACACGCACUUAUUGCCCAUACAUGAAGGCAGUGUGUACUUUUGGCACUUUGUCCGUUUCGAUAUUUGAUACUUUGGCUGUACAUAUUUUGAUAUUUUUUUAGAAAUAAGGCAGCACAGUUAAUGAAGAUUUUAUAAUUUUCAUAAUUAAUAAAGCAAUGAUGAUUGACAGGUGAAAACGAAGUGAAAUAAUCUUAAUAAUGUAAAUAGUCAAUGUUCUAAAAAUCUCCGAUGUCUGAAUUUUCCUCUUGAAAAUGCGCGUUGGAUAAAACUUUUUCCACAUUAGCUAGGGAAAAGAGAAUUUGAAAUAGAGGUGUAUUGUCAAAAAAAACUUUGUAGCCACAGUAAAUUGUCUGCCAUCUUUUGACACACUAU